AUGGGUUUAUAUCUUGGUUUACCAGAAAGUUUUGGCGGAGCUAAAACGCAGUUUUUUUCCUUUGUACGGGAUAGGCUACAGACUCAUAUAAAUGGGUGGUCAGCCAAAUUCUUGUCCAAAGGAGGUAAGGAGGUUAUGAUUAAGUCGGUAGCAGCAGCUUUACCAACCUAUGUGAUGUCUUGUCUUCGGCUCCCAAAGUCGAUAACAGCCAAACUGACUUGUGCGGUGGCAAAGUUUUGUUGGAGCACAAAUGGUCAAUCUGGAGGAAUGCAUUGGCGCGCUUGGGAUAAACUAUGCUCUAGUAAGAGUGAUAGUGGCUUAGGAUUUCGUGAUGUAAAUGAUUUCAAUAAAGCCCUUCUGGCGAAACAACUUUGGAGACUGGUUGAUUGUCCGGAUUCCCUAUUCGCAAAGGUUUUUAAGGGAAGAUAUUAUAGAAAUGCUUCCCCAUUAGAACAGGUUAAAUCAUAUUCUCCUUCGUAUGGAUGGAGAAGUAUGAUAUCAGCUAGAUCUCUUGUUAUGAAAGGACUCAUCAAAAGAGUAGGAACAGGGGACUCUCUAUCCGUUUGGACGGACCCUUGA